UUCUAUGCUUCAUCCAUUUCAACUCUCGCUAUUGAUCAACAUCCAUUAUCUGCAUCUGUUCAACGACAAUAUAACCAUCGUAAGUCCCGCCAUUUUUGGUGGGACCUUAACACAUUCAUUUUUCCAUGGUCACUCUGUGUCCUUGGGCCGCGGAUCCGCCCAUGUGCAUAUACCCUUGGGUGCCAUUUUUCGAGACAAAUCGCGACUUGCUAGGCUACUACGCUGAGGUGUUCCGCAACAUUCCGGCUGACCUUGGACCCACGGCGCUGUUACCCGGGUAGAACCUAAGAAACGUCGAAAGAUGGCUGAAGACGGGCCGAAUCCUGCUCUGGGAAGACCAUGGCAUCCCCCUGGUUCUAGAAACAGAAAUCAUCAACAUUUACGUGUUCGCGCACAUGAACAGGAUCUAUCCCCUUCAAGACUACAUGAUAGGACUCAUGCUUCUGACUCUCAGGGACCGGACGCCCAACUUGUUACUACAAACCUUGGAUCAUCUUCACGUCCACGCUGGUCCACAGAGCGGCAUGUGCAGACUUCUUGUUAACUAUUUCGUUUGGUGCAACUCCCUCGAGUUUCAGGAGAUAGAUCACCAGUCGUUGUUCUUCGCGGAUGUCAUAGAACGUUUAAGAGUCGCUGAUGAGGCCCCUAUGCUGAAUCGACGGGUUAAGAGGCUAGAGGACUGGGCCGCAUACAGCGCAAUUCACAUUUGUCGCUACCAUGCUCAUACCGAAAUCCAUGCUGAGAUAUACCACCGUGGGACGCACGAAAACAUCCCACAGUUCCCUGAACGAUCACAAAGGCGGUCAGAGCGAACAUCCCGUCGACGUUGCCGCAUGCCGAAAAUACGGCGGACACGGUCAGAGGAGACAUUUCGUGACAUUUGCAGCGAGCCCACGAUUCGGCGAAGGAGCUCGGAGGAGAUAUUACGUGAAGGCCUUUACCCUCGCAUCGCUGGCGUACAAGAAAAAGGGCUGGAGCAGGUAUUUCAUGGACAUCGUAGUUCGCUUAGACCACAGCAAGCACGGUCAGACACAUAUCUUGAAGAAGGCGUGGAUCCGGAUAUGGUCAGUGAAGAGGGUAGCCAAUAGGGUAGCGGUAUCAAAUGUGCUGCUCAAUGACGCGCAUGCUUGAUGAUUACAAUUUUGUGGGUUUUCCUUACUUCGCGGUUAGCCAAGGCCAAUCGUUCUUGCUUGAAUUGGGAUACCUGAGCAACCCGUGCCCUUUCUUUUCUUUUGGGAAGGAAGGGGGGGUGGUGGGGAUAUUCAGUCAACGAGGGUAUCUUACCUCUGCCUUCACCGCAAUCAACGCAAUCACCGCAAGCUCAC